GCAAAACACACCCACCCCUUUUCAUGGUUUCUCCUUAGUUAGGGUUCCAACUCCACCGGGAAAAAGAAAGCCCCAUGUCGAAACGCCACCGACCCGACUCUCCCCGCCCAUCAAAGAGUCACGACCGUCGGAGCAUCCAAAACACAGACCCGGAUCCGCCAAAAAGUAAACCCCCUCAGGUUUUUCCAUCUUAUCUUGACAUUCCAAAUUUACCUGAUAAAAUAAAACUACUAUGUGAAAUAAUAGCAACCACCCCUUCAGUACAAGUAGAUACAGUUUUAAGUAAUGCAGGAUUUAGGGUCACAACUAAAGAUGUAGAAGAGGUUUUAAAGUUAUCGUAUUUGUACCCGGCUGCCGCGAUUAAGUUCUUUCGGUGGGCCGGGUACCGGUUAAUCGAUAGACAUAGUCCUUAUGCUUGGAAUUUAGUUGUUGAUAUUUUAGGAAAGAAUUGUGACUUUGAUGCAAUGUGGAAAGCUAUUGAUUCUAUGAAAAACCAAGGGUUGUUGUCUUUAUCUACAUUUGGUUCGGUUUACGGUAGUUAUGUGGUGGCUGAAAAAGUCGAUGAAGCUAUUAGAGCGUUUGAGGGUCUGGGUCGGUUUGGUUUUAAUCAGGAUGUUUUUGCGAUGAAUUCUUUUUUGAGUGUUAUUUGUCAGGAUGGAAAGACGAAAGAUGGGUAUAAGUUUUUGGGUUUGUUUAAAGGGAAGAUUAAGCCCGACGCUGAUACUUACGCGAUUUUGUUGGAGGGGUGGGAGAAGGAAGAAGAUGUCGGGAAUGUGAAAAGGACUUUUUAUGAUAUGGUUGAGGAAAUUGGGUGGGAACCGGGUAAUUUUGUUGCGUAUGAUUCGGUUUUGAGCACCUUGCUUAAGGACAAGGGUGGAGGGAUACACGAGGCUAUGAAGUAUUUUGGAAAGUUGAAAGAAAAGAAUUGUUAUCCGGGAAUAAGGUUUUUUAAAAGUGCGUUGAAUGAGUGUGCUGCAAAUGGUCGUUUGAAAGAUGCUAUAGUGUUGUGGGAUGCGAUUAAUGUGCAAAAUGGUUUUAAGCUCGAUGUUGAAUUGUAUAAUGCGAUGAUUUUGUUGUAUACGCAUGUUGAGGAUGUUGAUCUCGCUAGAAAAUUGUUGGAUGAGAUGGUUUUGAAUGAUGUGUAUCCGGACUUCAAUAGUUAUAAUAUUCUAUUUAAGUUUUUGUUGAAGAGUAGGAAAUUGAAAGAAGCUCAACCGUUAUUUGUUGAAAUGACUAAGAAUGAGUUUGUGCCCACUCAUGAGUGUUGUUAUCUGGCUGUUAGGGUGUUUAUAGAUGGUGGGGAUCCUUAUAACGCUAUUAAAGUUUGGAAAUGUAUGAUUGAGAAUUACAAUUCUGACUUGGAGGAAACAGGGAAUCUUUUGGUUACUGGCUUACAUGAUCUUAAACGUCUUUCUGAAGCGGUGAAGUAUGCUGAAGAUAUGAUAGAUCGAGGAAUUAAGCUGACUUCUACUUCGUUAGCGAAGCUGAGGCAUGGUCUUGCAAAAGCUGGAAAAGGAUCUGUUUAUGAUGAACUUUUUAGUAAGUGGAAGCGUUAUUAGGUUAGUUCCUCGUGUUUUUGUACUAUAUUGGCAUCUUUACAAGUGGUUAGAUGACAUUUUUCGGAUCAAGAUGAAGUUUUAGCAUAUACUCUCCAUCUAUGGUUGAAUUUUUGUUGGAUGCUCUUUGGAAUUAAAGUUUGGCCUUAGACUGUAUGGAAGAAACCUUAUUAUGUCGGGUUGAAUGCUGCAGCUUAUUUGAAGUCCUGGUUUUUGCAUCCUUUCGGAUAAUAGUUCUUUUUGAUGGUUUUUCAAACCAACUACAAAUGUAAAUGGCUCGUUCACUAAUAGUUACUAGAUUGACCUAUGUAGUUGUCCGUUUCUUUUAUAACGGCAAGGCUUUUUAUCUGGUUGCUCUUUAUAUUGCUCCCAUUUUACGCCUCUAUGGCUUGCUUUGCAACUUAAUGUAAUUUGAGUUGUUUGACUUUC